AUGGAGGCGACAACGCACUCAAGACCCCCCCAAGAUAAGCUCCUUCUACUCUUGGUACUCUCUUUUAGCGUGGUAGCAGUAAGAUCAAGCCCCCAUAUCCCUCAUCAAAUUACUUGGCAAAUUAUCAAUUUAAGAACCGGAGCAACUGUCAACAGCUCCACUGCUUUUGAUGUUCUUAGUAAUUUCUUUCCAGAUAUGUAUUUUGACCUCUGUCAACUUUUUGAUGCUGAGGGUGUAUGUGUGGGGAAAGGAGGGACCUAUGUUUGUCCCGGGGGAAAGAAUGGAAAACCUCUCCCAGGUUGCGGGGGCCCCGAGGUGGGGUACUGUGGAGCAUGGGGAUGUGAAACCACUGGAAGCGCAUACUGGAACCCCUCCUCUUCAUGGGACAUGAUUACUAUCAGGGCGGCUCCAGGUAUAACGUUUAGCGAAUGUGGGGGAAGGGACUGUAGUACUUGUUUGGAUGGAACGUUGGGUAGGUGCCACCUCCAGAUCCUUCGCUUCACAGAUAAGGGAAAACAGGACAAAUGGGUGGGGCCCAAAUCAUGGGGCAUCUACUUGCAUAGACCGGCUAAAGAUCCCUUUGCUCUAUUCGCCUUGAGCCGGACGGUUACUGUCGCAUCCGUAUCAAUUGGGCCAAACAAACUAUUAACAAAACAAAAAAGGCCACCCGCUGUACCUUUUAAAAAGGAAAAAUCCCGUGGGCAAGUGCUUGUUAGGAAUCGGCCCACUCAGACGCCUGCCGACAAUCGGUCCAGUCUGACUCCCUUGACACCCGCCUUUUCAAGUAAGCCUGUGGUAACCACGCCUCCUCUGCCCGGUUCUGCGUCUACCCCUUUACCCGGGGCAGAGAGUAGGCUCCUCAGCCUAAUAGAUGGGGCCUACCAUGCACUAAAUAGUUCUGACCCCAAUAGAACCCAGGAUUGCUGGAUGUGUCUUGCCUCACCUCCCCCUUAUUAUGAGGGAGUGGCCGUCAUUGGAAAUUGGACCAACCACACUACUGUCCCUCCCCGGUGCUCUAGUUUGCCAUCCCACCGGCUGACUCUUACAGAAGUAACAGGACGGGGGCUUUGUGUAGGCUCCGUUCCCCCUCGAUACCAGGGCCUCUGUAACAAAACCAUGACCCUCAAACCAGGCGCCUAUUAUUUAACAGGGCCAGAUGGGUUAUAUUGGGCAUGUAAUACUGGCCUGACCCCCUGCUUGGCAGGACAAGCUCAUAAUCAAACUCAUGAAUGGUGCGUCAUGGUUGAAAUAUGGCCUCGGGUCACGUUGCAUAGCUCUGAAGAAGUCUACCAACACUAUGAGGGAAAUCUCCGGUUCCGUAGGGAACCCGUAUCCAUAACGCUAGCUCUUAUAUUAGGAGGACUCACAGUUGGGGGUAUUGGGGCAGGCAUAGGUACCGGAGUUACUGCUCUACAAAAGACAAAUCAAUUUCACCUGCUACAGCAAGCUAUGCAUUCAGACCUACGAGCCUUAGAAGAAUCUGUUAGUGCCUUGGAAAAAUCCUUAACUUCACUUUCUGAGGUAGUAUUACAAAAUAGAAGGGGGCUGGAUUUGGUAUUUCUAAAGGAGGGGGGACUUUGUGCAGCCUUAAAGGAAGAGUGUUGUUUCUAUGUGGAUCACACUGGAGUGGUCAGAGAUAACAUGGCAAAAUUAAGGGAAAGAUUAAAACAGCGGGAGAGCUAUUUUAAGACAGGACAGUCAUGGUUCCAGGGCUGGUUUAAUUCAUCCCCUUGGCUCACAACUUUAAUCUCCUCUAUCGCAGGGCCCUUAGUAAUAUUACUCUUAAUUUUAACCAUUGGACCCUGCAUAAUAAAUAGGCUUCUUCAGUUUGUUAAAGAUAGACUGUCUGUCACCCACGCCUUGAUCCUAACCCAACAGUACCAAAGUUUAAAACCGGAGGACAUAGAAGAAGGAUUUUAAAAUACAGCUAUCCCUUAAAUUUUAAGAUUAAAAUUUGACAAAAAGAAAAGGGGGGAAUGAGAAAAUAAGGCAGGAAGGGGUUAAAAUGGAGUUGCUAGAGCUAACUGCAUACUGUUUUGCUUCUGUGCAAAAUGCUU